UCGGUUUGUUGACAGGAACAGUGUGAGAAGGCUGAGUAUUGCAAAAGGAAGUACAAAGCUAGCUGUAAUAGACGGAAUUCAACUUUGUUUUACAUGGUUCUUGUCGUGAAUUAUGAUUUUAAUGCCCGUUCUGGGCAAAAAUGCAAUGGAGGUCAUUAGUAGUUGGUCUUCUUUUGUUAAGACUUGUCAGUUGUGUUCUAUGGCUUACAUUUGGAUUGGGACCUAGCUGGGGGUUCAACUUCCCAAUAAAAUUUAAUUUCAAUUUGCACAAACUGGAGCUUUUCAGAGAGAGCGAAGGGACAAACGCCAAGACUAAUACGUGGUUAAACCAAUUACAUAGGAAUGGAAACUUACACCACAGCACCUGCUCCAAGAACACUGAAAACUCACCCAAGUCCUAUCUCAGCCUUCUGGAGGAUGGCAGGGACGAGUACGCGAGGAAGUACAGUUCCUUUCCAGAUACUUUGAAGUCAAAGAUGAGGGGUAUGGCCAAGGAGAUGUUUUAUUUCGGUUAUGAAAACUACAUGAAAUACGCGUUUCCAGAGGACGAACUCAACCCCAUUGACUGCCAAGGAAGAGGACCGGAUGUUCUCAACCCGUCUAACAUCAACAUCAAUGAUGUCUUGGGAAACUAUUCUCUGACCCUCAUCGACACUCUGGACACUCUGGUGGUCCUGGGAAAUGUGUCAGAGUUUCACAGAGCUGUGAAGUUGGUGAUUGACACAGUGUCCUUCGACAAAGACUCCACAGUCCAAGUGUUUGAGGCCAACAUCAGAAUCCUGGGCGGCCUCAUCUCUGCUCACAUCCUCCUGACUGACUCCAAGCAGCCAUUUGGAAAUGUGGGCCUGGAGGAUUAUGACAAUGAGCUCUUACACCUGGCACACGACCUGGCCGUCCGACUGCUCCCCGCCUUCGAGAACACCAGCACAGGCAUCCCCUACCCCAGGGUUAACCUGAAGAGUGGCGUACCCCCUGACAGCAUUAACGAGACCUGCACGGCCGGGGCAGGCUCCUUACUGGUGGAGUUUGGGAUUCUGAGCCGCUUAAUUGGAGACUCCACAUUUGAAUGGGUGGCCAGGCGGGCUGUCAGGGCUCUCUGGAGCUUAAGGAGUAAUGAGACGGGUCUGCUAGGAAACGUAGUCAACAUCCAGACCGGCCAGUGGGUGAGCAAGCAGAGUGGGCUCGGGGCAGGAAUGGACUCCUUCUAUGAGUACCUGCUCAAGUCCUACAUCCUGUUUGGAGAGAAGGAAGACUACACAAUGUUUAAAGCUGCCUAUGAGAGCAUUCAGAACCAUCUGAGAAGAGGGCGGGAGGAGUGUAAUGAAGGGGAAGGGGACCCUCCGCUCUAUGUGAACGUGAACAUGUUCAACGGGCAGAUCAUGAACACCUGGAUCGACUCUCUGCAGGCCUUCUUCCCUGGGCUUCAGGUACUGGUUGGAGAUGUGGAGAAUGCCAUUUGUCUACAUGCAUUUUACUAUGCCAUCUGGAAGCGGUUCGGGGCUCUUCCUGAGCGGUACAACUGGCAGCUGCAGGCGCCAGAUGUCCUGUUCUACCCCCUGAGGCCUGAGCUGGUGGAGUCUACAUACUUGCUCUACCAGGCAACCAAGAACCCUUUUUAUCUGCAUGUGGGAAUGGAUAUUCUUGAAAGUCUUGAGAAGUAUACCAAAGUCAGGUGUGGAUAUGCCACCCUCCAUCACGUGGUGGACAAGUCCAAAGAGGAUCGCAUGGAGAGCUUCUUCCUCAGCGAGACCUGUAAAUACUUGUAUCUGCUGUUUGAUGAGGACAACCCCUUGCACAAGUCUGAGAACAAAUAUAUCUUCACUACGGAGGGCCACGUUGUGCCGAUAGACAAGCGUUUCCGUGAGAAGCAGUGGAAGGACAUGCUGCCCUGUGAGGAAGCGCUGCUUUCAGACCAGGACACGGCCAGGCUGCCUCCCGCCAACACCAGCAACUGUGAAAGGAUUCCUGAUGAGAGACGUUACGCCCUGCCCCUGAAGAGUGUUUACAUGAGACAGAUCGAUCAAAUGGUGGGACUGGUCUAAUGGAGACUCUUGGCUGAGCUGGAGGGGAGGGGAGGUGGUUCAUAGGGUAAGGGGGGCAGGCCUUUCUCUUCCCACACGCCACGCCCAAUCACCACUGCUGCUGGGUAUGAGUACGGAGCCUUCCUGGAACCAAGGCCCAUCGGAGGUAUUCAAUGACACGGGUUUCAGUUCCGAGAACAAAAACUUUUUUUUUUUUCAUUGUUAGGUUUUGAGGUGUUUUAUGCCAAGAAGUGUUUUAUACAAGACACUUCCAGAUUACUUUGUCAAAUUGUUUGUGCCUGUACUGUUUUAGUCACAUGGCUUCAUUUUGGAUAGCAGAGAGGUGUUUUUUCAGUGAGAUGGGAAGGUUUCCUGGAAUCAUGCUCCACAGUGUGGUCUGAGUGUGACCUUCAGUGUUGAAGGCUUUGUUAAGCAGCGUGGGCGUUCUGUGUUAAGGUGUCUCUUUACGGAUGCAGGCGCUUUAUUGCGGAUGGCAGAAUCAGGACAUUAAAAAGCUCCUUGUGGAAAUGCAGUGAGCAUCGUACAUCUGAGAGAUGACUGUCGCUAGCACAGUUGACAGUAUUUCAACAAGAGAAAGAUGGUCAUGCUUUACAGAAUGAACACGUUCACAUUAUGGGGUAAUUUUUUUUACAGUGUUUAAUAAAUUUCUAACAAAUUGGCAGUGUAAGAAGCACCUUUUUUACAGUUAUGGUUGUCCCAUAAAUUGCUAUGCAUGUUCUUUGUUUUUUUCCUUGAAAACUGUGACUAUUACUGGAGCUUUGCUGCUUAAUUGCCCUCAGCCUGAAGGUAUUGCAAAAGCCCAGUCGAUCAGAGGUAUGUUUUGGAAUUUGGAAUAAAUGAUAACUGAAUUAAUGUAAAAUUAAAAUUAAACUUAGUUUGCUUUGGUGAAGUUAUACUUGUCAGCUACUCUAUGAGGGAAUAAAAUAAACCAUAUUAAGAUUAGUUUGAUUGGACAUUCUAAACAAGGCCAACACUUUGUAAAAAAUAAUAAUUUUGAUAAGCUUAUUGCAGUGUGUAGUUUUUGUUGUUUUAGCAACAGCCCCAUGGAUGGUUUAAAACAGCACACUGUUCUUUCACUGAGCUGUGCUUCUGGUGCCUCUCCAUGAUGCUAAGUGCCAAAUAAAGAGACAGGAGGCUCCAUUUUGUGGUCAGCAAUGCAGUGACUACAAGGUCCUCCUAUUGUCUUCCGGGCUGUCUGUAUUCUUCCAUUCUCCCAUUCAAGUGCAUUCAUGUGUUUGCUAUAAUAUUUUGAAUGUAAAAAAAGUCCCUGCAUUUUAUCUCUGCCUUGGUAGUCAUGCUACAAGACCGAAAGGUCUGAUAAGCAAACGACAGAAGCAUUGUGCUAUUGAAUAUCUGAAAUGUAAUUUAAUGUGCAGAAACAAAACUUUUUCUGUGCCUUUAGCUUCGUGCAAUGUCUUGAUGACUGAGUCAUAAUUUCAUUUAGCAACAUCAAAUUAUGAUGAAAGGAGUACCCUCCGGAUGCUGUGAUCUUCCCCUAAAAAUGUUUCAUAGCUGAGCAGCAAAGAACAUUCUGUUUCCAUGGACACAGAUAAUGUUGUCAUAACUGAAUAGCCAUAGGCCUUCAUGAGAAGGUCCUUUUUAUUAUUAUACAGUAUAUUUGUUUUUCAUGGUUGCAUAUCUAUGAAAUAAUCUUGUUAUGUUCCUCAAAUUUUAAAGGACCUCUCCAGAACAAAGUCUUUUUUUUUGUUUGUUUGCAAGUGCCACAGACAGAAUGGUCAGUCUAGGAGUAAAUUUUGUUUGACACAAUGACCACUUUGUAAUUUGAAUAGUCCAUGUGUAUAGCAAAAUUUGUCUGACCUUGAAACUUUGAAACAUCAUGCAUAAAUGUGAUAAGAUAACUUUUCCAGAUUGUAAAAGGUGCUAGCAGACAAAUAUGUCUUAGACUAGGCAAAGGAAACUCAGGGAUUGACAGUGUCAACAAGUUGCUCUUUUUCUGUUGUAUCUGAGCAGAUUUGAUUGACAUAUGGUUGCCUCUGUUGUCUAGGGUCUGUCUCUUACAUUGAUCCUAUCUGAUGCUCAGAAUCAAAUCCAAUGCUUAGGGGGAUUCCACAGAUUUAGUUUCUCUCACGCUGUAGCCUGGUACAGUAUAGCAGUAUAGGUUAUGUAUGUAUAAGGCAUAUACGAUAGUACUAUUCUAUAGUAUUGCAAUCGUGCUAUAUGUGCAUGUUUAUGGUUAUGGUACUACCUCUACUGUAGGUUUAGUCCACAUAUCGGGUGUAAUUUCUUUCACCAGACUUGUGAAAAGAUUUACCUUUUCCAACCGAAACCACACCGCUGCUUCUGUUGCGGCCAUGCCGCUAUGAUUCUCUCUGGUGUUGAAGGCAAAUUAAGCAGAUUCUCUUUUCUCAGCUGGGGAGUUGUUUAGAUUGGGAUGCACAGUUCCUUCCCAGGGCAUAGCUGUGCUGUAGGAAUGACAUUUACAGUAGUGGCUCUGAGCACUCAGUUUACACCUUGAGCAGCCACUAUCUUUUUUUCCUGCGUGAGUCAUACGGGCGAGGUAGGCACCUUGGAACAGGAGAGUACAUGUGUCCCUCUGACUGGUUUAGGAGCACCACAGUUGAAUGGGAACAUAUACUUUUACAUUUUUGGGAGGUUACCUUGUUUUUAUGUGUUUCCACUUCCUUAAAUAAUUAAAUAUCUCAACUACAAAUAACACUCAUAUUGGAGCAAAUUAGUUAGCUAUUUUGUUCAGUUGAAGUAAUUUGGUUGGUGGGCACAGGGUUUACACCUUGCAUAGAUUUCCAUUAAUUUUAUCAGUUUUAUGGUGUCAUUUGGUUUUAAAAGGAGUUGCACUUUUGAAGAAUAUCAUCAGCAUCACCUGCUCUGAACUCUUGGAACUAUGGAAACUAUUACUUUUGCAUAUGUAUGUGAAAUGGGAUAGGAUAUCUUCACAAUGCACACAGAGUUGGUCCUUUUUUCUCUCCUACCUAAACUGCAGGUGGUAUCACUUCACCAACUGUGCCAUUCUCUUGUAAGUCUUUACAGAAUGAGUUUUUUUGUGUGGUGAUUGUAAUUUGAAAUUACUCUUUUUAAAGCCUGUGAGAUUGGAAAGAAUGUCAGUCUCACAUUGUUCUUUAAUAAAUCAUUGGAAACACACUUGAA